CAGUGACCGCAGGGUUUGGGAGCAACCCAUAUGGGCCAGGCACAGCCACGCUGUCUCCAGCUCCUCAUGCCCCCACAGAGAAGGGGACAGGCAGCUCAGUGCCACUGGGCAGCAGCUCUGCUCCCAUGAAGACUGUAGGGUCACCCAAAACCCUGCAGAGCACUGCUGGGAAGCCCACAGCAGGAAGAGCUGUGCCUCUGCAAGAGAUAGCAGUGACUGAGGAGCAUAUGCGUGCCACCAGAUUGGUGACAGGUGACGUCCCAACACCCAGUGCAGAUAUGUCUCCUGCACUGAUACAUGUCCCUGCAACUCCUCUGGUGCUGGGAACAGAAGCACCUUCCUCAGCCACCAGCGCAGCAAUUGAUAACGAUGGGUUGGUGCAGCCUCACCAUGUUGGCACCGCAGAGAGGACACCAGGGACAGAACCGACCGUGGUGCUGUCUGAUGUCCAACGCAGCACAGGGACAUCACCCCACUCCCUCACCUGGAUCCCAGCUGAGCUGCACACAGCUGCUGUGCGCCAGUCCCAGGAGGUGACAGCAGGGCUGGAUGAGGCCACCUCUCCUCUUGUCACAGCAGCCAGCAUCACUGCGGGGAACACCGAGCCUGCACCAACCACAUCUGACCGUGUCACAUCUCCCACUGUGCCAGCAACCACAGGGUCUCUCCAUCAUGUUGGAAUACAGAAAUCAGGGACCAUGAUCCCCCCAGGCACAGCCUCUGCAACAAUCACUUCUCCUGCCGAUGACGUUGUCAGUGAGGCCACAGCCCCUGGGCUGGCAGCCCCUGGAAUAUCUGGAGAUGGGCUGCACAGAGACGCAGCCGUCACCCAUCCCCGUGUCACCUCUCAGCUCCAUGCCUCCACUGCAUCAGCUCCAGGCACAUCAGGCACGGCCAUGGAUGUCAGCACUGCACCACAUGUACCCACCAUCCCGUAUGCAGCCCUGGGCAGUGCUGAGACAGAGUCCACCACUGCUGAAGCCACCACAGACACUGCUGUCCUGCCGACUGAGGGCACCCUAAUGGGGCUGGAUGUGGGGAUGAUCUCCAGUGUGGUAGCUGCUGUGUCACUGCCAGAUGGUGUCCCUGGAGGAGGGUACAGCAGCAGAACCUCGGCAGUGACAGGUACCCCUGCUGCUCACCCCAGUGGCGCCACUUUUGGAGGGGCAGCAGGAACAGUGACCGCAGGGUUUGGGAGCGACCCAUAUGGGCCAGGCACAGCCACGCUGUCUCCAGCUCCACAUGCCCCUGCAGGGGAAGGGACAGGCAGCUCAGUGCCACUGGGCAGCAGCACCACUCCCAUGAAGUCUGAGGGAGAACACAGUGCUCUGCAGAGCACCACUGCUGGGAAGCCCACACCAGGAAGAGUUGUGCCUCUGCAAGAGAUAACAGCAACUGAGGAGCAUAUGCUUGGCACCAGAUUGGUGACAGGUAACGUCCCAAAGACCAGUGCAGAUUUGUCUCCUGCAGUGAUACAUGCCCCUGCAACUCCUCUGGUGCUGCUAACAGAAGCACCUUCCUCAGCCACCAGCACAGCGACUGGUAACGAUGGGUUGGUGCAGCCUCACCGUGUUGGCACCGCAGAGAGGACACUGGGGACAGAACCGACCGUGGUGCUGUCUGAUGUCCAACGCAGCACAGGGACAUCACCCCACUCCCUCACCUGGAUCCCAGCUGAGCUGCACAAAGCUGCAGUGCACCUUUCCCAGGAGGUGACAGCAGGGCUGGAUGAGGCCACCUCUCCUCUUGUCACAGCAGCCAGCAUCACUGCGGGGAACACCGAGCCUGCACCAACCACGCCUGACCGUGUCACAUCUCCCACUGUGCCAGCAACCACAGGGUCUCCACAUCGUGUUGGAAUACAGAAAUCAGGGACCAUGAUCCCCCCAGGCACAGCCUCUGCAACAAUCACUCCUCCUGCCAUUGAUGUUGUCAGUGAGGCCUCAGCCCCUGGAACAUCUGGAGAUGGGCUGCACAGAGACGCAGCCGUCACCCAUCCCCGUGUCACCUCUCAACUCCAUGCCUCCACUGCAGCAGCUCCAGGCACAUCAGGCACGGCCAUGGAUGUCAGCACUGCACCACUUGUACCCACCAUCCCGUAUGCAGCCCUGGGCAGUGCUGAGACAGAGUCCACCACUGCUGAAGCCACCACAGACACUGCUGUCCUGCCGACUGAGGGCACCCUGAUGGGGCUGGAUGUGGGGAUGAUCUCCAGUGUGGUAGCUGAUGUGUUGCUGCCAGAUGGUGUCCCUGGAGGAGGGUACAGCAGCAGAACCUCGGCAGUGACAGGUACCCCUGCUGCUCACCCCAGUGGCACCACUUUUGGAGGGGCAGCAGGAACAGUGACCACAGGGUUUGGGAGCGACCCAUAUGGACCAGGCACAGCCACGCUGUCUCCAGCUCCACAUGCCCCCACAGAGAAGGGGACAGGCAGCUCAGUGCCACUCGGCAGCAGCUCUGCUCCCAUGAAGACUGUAGGGUCACCCAAAGCCCUGCAGAGCACUGCUGGGAAGCCCACACCAGGAAGAGCUGUGCCUCUGCAAGAGAUAACAGCGACUGAGGAGCAUAUGCGUGCCACCAGAUUGGUGACAGGUGACAUCCCAAUGCCCAGUGCAGAUUUGUCUCCUGCAGUGAUACAUGUCCCUGCAACUCCUCUGGUGCUGGGAACAGAAGCACCUUCCUCAGCCACCAGCACAGCAAUUGAUAACGAUGGGUUGGUGCAGCCUCACCGUGUUGGCACCGCAGAGAGGACACCAGGGACAGAACCGACCGUGGUGCUGUCUGAUGUCCAACGCAGCACAGGGACAUCACCCCACUCCCUCACCCGGACCCCAGCUGAGCUGCACACAGCCGCUGUGCGCCAGUCCCAGGAGGUGACAGCAGGGCUGGAUGAGGCCACCUCUCCUCUUGUCACAGCAGCCAGCAUCACUGCGGGGAACACCGAGCCUGCACCAACCACGCCUGACCGUGUCACAUCUCCCACUGUGCAAGCAACCACAGGGUCUCCACAUCGUGUUGGAAUACAGAAAUCAGGGACCGUGAUCCCCCCAGGCACAGCCUCUGCAACAAUCACUCCUCCUGCCGAUGACGUUGUCAGUGAGGCCACAGCCCCUGGGCUGGCAGCCCCUGGAACAUCUGGAGAUGGGCUGCACAGAGACGCAGCCGUCACCCAUCCCCGUGUCACCUCUCAGCUCCAUGCCUCCACUGCAGCAGCUCCAGGCACAUCAGGCACGGCCAUGGAUGUCAGCACUGCACCACAUGUACCCACCAUCCCGUAUGCAGCCCUGGGCAGUGCUGAGACAGAGUCCACCACUGCUGAAGCCACCACAGACACUGCUGUCCUGCCGACUGAGGGCACCCUGACGGGGCUGGAUGUGGGGACGGUCUCCAGUGUGGUAGCUGCUGUGUCACUGCCAGAUGGUGUCCCUGGAGGAGGGUACAGCAGCAGGACCUCGGCAGUGACAGAUGCCUCUGCUAUCCACCCUGCCAGCAGCACCUCUGGAUGGGUAGGUAUUACUGUGACUCCAAGUUUUGGCUCUGACUCCUAUGAACCAGCCAUGGGCACACUGUCAGCAUCUCCACUUGUACCCAUGGAGAAGUGGACGAGCGCCUCAGUGUCACUGAGCAGCAGCACAGCUCCCACAAUGUCUGUGGGGUCACCCGGAGCUCUGCAGAGCACCACUGGGCAGCCUGCACCAGGAACAUCUGUGCCUCUACAAGAAGGGAUCACAGACAAGGAACACGUGAGUGACAGCAGCAUGCUGACAGGAGAUGUCCCAGCACCCAGUGACAGUUUGUCACCACCUGCUACACUUGCCCCUGCAACUCCUCUGGUGCUGCUAACAGAAGCACCUUCCUCAGCUACCAGCACAGCAAUUGAUAACGAUGGGUUGGUGCAGCCUCACCGUGUUGGCACCACAGAGAGGACACUGGGGACAGAACCGACCGUGGUGCUGUCUGAUGUCCAACGCAGCACAGGGACAUCACCCCACUCCCUCACCUGGAUCCCAGCUGAGCUGCACACAGCCGCUGUGCACCAGUCCCAGGAGGUGACAACAGGGCUGGAUGAGGCCACCUCUCCUCUUGUCACAGCAGCCAGCAUCACUGCGGGGAACACCGAGCCUGCACCAACCACGCCUGACUGUGUCACAUCUCCCACUGUGCCAGCAACCACAGCGUCUCUCCAUCAUGUUGGAACGCAGAAAUCAGGGACCAUGAUCCCCCCAGGCACAGCCUCUGCAACAAUCACUCCUCCUGCCAUUGACGUUGUCAUUGAGGCCACAGCCCCUGGAACAUCUGGAGAUGGGCUGCACAGAGACGCAGCCGUCACCCAUCCCCGUGUCACCUCUCAGCUCCAUGCCUCCACUGCAGCAGCUCCAGGCACAUCAGGCACGGCCAUGGAUGUCAGCACUGCACCACGUGUACCCACCAUCCCGUAUGCAGCCCUGGGCAGUGCUGUGACACAGUCCACUACUGCUGAAGCCACCACAGACACUGCUGUCCUGCCGACUGAGGGUACCCUGACGGGGCUGGACGUGGGGAUGGUCUCCAGUGUGGUAGCUGAUGUGUUGCUGCCAGAUGGUGUCCCUGGAGGAGGGUACAGCAGCAGGACCUCGGCAGUGACAGGUACCCCUGCUGCUCACCCCGGUGGCACCACUUUUGGAAGGGCAGCAGGAACAGUGACCACAGGGUUUGGGAGUAACCCAUAUGGACCAGGCACAGACACGCUGUCUCCAGUUCCACGUGCCCCCACAGAGAAGGGGACAAGCACCUCAGUGCCACUCGGCAGCAGCACCACUCCCAUGAUGUCUGAGGGAGAACACAGUGCUCUGCAGAGCACUGCUGGGAAGCCCACAGCAGGAAGAGCUGUGCCUCUGCAAGAGAUAACAGUGACUAAGGAGCAUAUGCGUGCCACCAGAUUAGUGACAGGUGACGUCCCAAUGCCCAGUGCAGAUUUGUCUCCUGCAGUGAUACAUGCCCCUGCAACUCCUCUGGUGCUGGGAACAGAAGCACCUUCCUCAGCCACCAGCACAGCGACUGGUAACGAUGGGUUGGUGCAGCCUCACCAUGGUGACACUGCAAAAUGGACACUGGGGACAGAACAGACCGUGGUGCUGUCUGAUGUCCAACGCAGCACAGGGACAUCACCCCACUCCCUCACCUGGAUCCCAGCUGAGCUGCACACAGCCGCUGUGCGCCAGUCCCAGGAGGUGACAGCAGGGCUGGAUGAGGCCACCUCUCCUCUUGUCACAGCAGCCAGCAUCACUGCGGGGAACACCGAGCCUGCACCAACCACGCCUGACCGUGUCACAUCUCCCACUGUGCCAGCAACCACAGCGUCUCCGCAUCAUGUUGGAAUACAGAAAUCAGGGACCAUGAUCCCCUCAGGCACAGACUCUGCAACAAUCACUCCUCCUGCCAUUGACGUUGUCAGUGAGGCCACAGCUCCUGGGCUGGCAGCCCCUGGAACAUCUGGAGAUGGGCUGCACAGAGACGCAGCCGUCACCCAUCCCCGUGUCACCUCUCAGCUCCAUGCCUCCACUGCAGCAGCUCCAGGCACAUCAGGCACGGCCAUGGAUGUCAGCACUGCACCACAUGUACCCACCACCCCAUAUGCAGCCCUGGGCAGUGCUGAGACAGAGUCCAUCACUGCUGAAGCCAUCACAGGCACUGCUGUCCUGCCGACUGAGGGCACCCUGAUGGGGCUGGAUGUGGGGACGGUCUCCAGUGUGGUAGCUGAUGUGUCGCUGCCAGAUGGUGUCCCUGGAGGAGGGUACAGCAGCAGGACCUCGGCAGUGACAGAUGCCUCUGCUAUCCACCCUGCCAGCAGCACCUCUGGAUGGGUAGCUGUUACUGUGACUCCAAGUUUUGGCUCUGACUCCUAUGAACCAGCCAUGGGCACACUGUCAGCAUCUCCACUUGUACCCAUGGAGAAGUGGACGAGCGCCUCAGUGCCACUGAGCAGCAGCACAGCUCCCACAAUGUCUGUGGGGUCACCCGGAGCUCUGCAGAGCACCACUGGGCAGCCUGCACCAGGAACAUCUGUGCCUCUACAAGAAGGGAUCACAGACAAGGAACACGUGAGUGACAGCAGCAUGCUGACAGGAGAUGUCCCAGCACCCAGUGACAGUUUGUCACCACCUGUGACACUCGCCCCUGCAACUCCUCUGGUGCUGCUAACAGAAGCACCUUCCUCAGCUACCAGCACAGCAAUUGAUAACGAUGGGUUGGUGCAGCCUCACCGUGUUGGCACCACAGAGAGGACACUGGGGACAGAACCGACCGUGGUGCUGUUUGAUGUCCAACGCAGCACAGGGACAUCACCCCACUCCCUCACCUGGAUCCCAGCUGAGCUGCACACAGCCGCUGUGCACCAGUCCCAGGAGGUGACAGCAGGGCUGGAUGAGGCCACCUCUCCUCUUGUCACAGCAGCCAGCAUCACUGCGGGGAACACCGAGCCUGCACCAACCACGCCUGACCGUGUCACAUCUCCCACUCUGCCAGCAACCACAGGGUCUCUCCAUCAUGUUGGAAUACAGAAAUCAGGGACCAUGAUCCCCCCAGGCACAGCCUCUGCAACAAUCACUUCUCCUGCCGAUGACGUUGUCAGUGAGGCCACAGCCCCUGGGCUGCCAGCCCCUGGAACAUCUGGAGAUGGGCUGCACAGAGACGCAGCCGUCACCCAUCCCCGUGUCACCUCUCAGCUCCAUGCCUCCACUGCAGCAGCUCCAGGCACAUCAGGCACGGCCAUGGAUGUCAGCACUGCACCACGUGUACCCACCACCCCAUAUGCAGCCCUGGGCAGUGCUGAGACAGAGUCCACCACUGCUGAAGCCAUCACAGGCACUGCUGUCCUGCCGACUGCGGGCACCCUGAUGGGGCUGGAUGUGGGGACGGUCUCCAGUGUGGUAGCUGAUGUGUCGCUGCCAGAUGGUGUCCCUGGAGGAGGGUACAGCAGCAGGACCUCGGCAGUGACAGGUACCCCUGCUAUCCACCCUGCCAGCAGCACCUCUGGAUGGGUAGCUGUUACUGUGACUCCAAGUUUUGGCUCUGACUCCUAUGAACCAGCCAUGGGCACACUGUCAGCAUCUCCACUUGUACCCAUGGAGAAGUGGACGAGCGCCUCAGUGUCACUGAGCAGCAGCACAGCUCCCACAAUGUCUGUGGGGUCACCCGGAGCUCUGCAGAGCACCACUGGGCAGCCUGCACCAGGAACAUCUGUGCCUCUACAAGAAGGGAUCACAGACAAGGAACACGUGAGUGACAGCAGCAUGCUGACAGGAGAUGUCCCAGCACCCAGUGACAGUUUGUCACCACCUGCGACACUUGCCCCUGCAACUCCUCUGGUGCUGGGAACAGAAGCACCUUCCUCAGCCACCAGCACAGCGACUGGUAAUGAUUUGUUGGUGCAGCCUCACCGUGUUGGCACCACAGAGAAGACACUGGGGACAGAACAGACCGUGGUGCUGUCUGAUGUCCAACGCAGCACAGGGACAUCACCCCACUCCCUCACCUGGACCCCAGCUGAGCUGCACACAGCCGCUGUGCGCCAGUCCCAGGAGGUGACAGCAGGGCUGGAUGAGGCCACCUCUCCUCUUGUCACAGCAGCCAGCAUCACUGCGGGGAACACCGAGCCUGCACCAACCACGCCUGACCGUGUCACAUCUCCCACUGUGCCAGCAACCACAGCGUCUCUGCAUCAUGUUGGAAUACAGAAAUCAGGGACCAUGAUCCCCCCAGGCACAGCCUCUGCAACAAUCACUUCUCCUGCCGAUGACGUUGUCAGUGAGGCCACAGCUCCUGGGCUGCCAGCCCCUGGAACAUCUGGAGAUGGGCUGCACAGAGACGCAGCCGUCACCCAUCCCCGUGUCACCUCUCAGCUCCACGCCUCCACUGCAGCAGCUCCAGGCACAUCAGGCACGGCCAUGGAUGUCAGCACUGCACCACAUGUACCCACCAUCCCGUAUGCAGCCCUGGGCAGUGCUGAGACAGAGUCCACCACUGCUGAAGCCACCACAGGCACUGCUGUCCUGCCGACUGAGGGCACCUCGAUGAGAUUGAGCGUGGGCACGGUCCCCAGCACAGUUCCUGCUGUGGCAUCCUCCAGUGGCAGCACAGUUGGGCAAAUGGUGCGGUCAGUUGCCCUGGGAUUGGGCAGCCACCCACAGGCAUUAACAGGCUCAAUCCCAGUUGAAAACCCCACAGUGGGUGUCCUCAUCCCCACAGCCAACACUACGAGCACUUCUGCGGUGUCAGCACUACCAGCACCAUAUCCUUUCAGUGCCAGCACCACUACUCAGCUAGGCACGGCCAAGCCAAACCGCAGCCAUAGUGCUGCUCAGGUGACAGGGGAUAUGAACACCUCCUCAGCCACUACCCCCAUGGCCAGAGGUGCUGAGCCGGGUGUCAGAAGGGCCACCCCAGUGUCACCAUCUGCAGUGGGCAGCCAACGUCCUCCCACAUCCCUGGCAUCGGUCACAGCACCGUCCCCUGCCCUCAGCCGCAGCACUGCUGAACCAGAUGUGAGCGUGUCCCCUUUUGUGUUCCAGAACAGCAGUCUGGCAGUGGUGGCAUCCUCUGCCACACCAACUGUGGUGGCAUCCAUCACACCCAGUGCCAGUCUCACUGGUCCAGCAGUGGUGGCACCCUCCGUCACACCCAGCGUCAGUGCCAGUGGUCCAGCAGUGGGAACAAGAGAUACCUCUCUCGGUAUGGUCACAACACCCUCCUCUGCUGUCUCUAGCAGCUCUCUGGGGCCACACAGCCCCCAUGUCACCCCAGAGACACCCAUCAAGGCCACCAGCAGUUCCCGUGACCCAGCCUUAGAGGAUUCCAGCACAGACACAUGGGAAGCCACAGGCAUGUCCUGGAAGAACACCAUCCCCGCCAGCAAUGCCAUUACACCAGCUGGCUCACCCAGCAUUGACACCUCCAUGGUGACCAGGCACACCACGGUGUCACCUCCUAUGGCAACGGCCAACAGUGGUGCUCAGUCCCCCUCUGCUAUGCAUGAUGUCCCCACUGCCCUAAGAGUGACAAACCACAAGGCCACCUCUGCAUCUACUGCCAUGUCCAGCCCUGCUAAGGGCAUACCAGCAGCCAGCAGCCCCACCAGAGCAGCUCCAGGCUUAGGGGCACAGAGUGGACCAAUCAUAGCACCAGGGGCAUCCACUUAUGCCACCCCCCAGAAUCCUGUGUCCAAGCCUGGCACUGAGCUCGUCCCAGCAGUGUCACUGUACCCAUUUGGCGCAGCGGAAGGGGACACAGAGUGCAUCCAGAGAACAGUGGACUUUAACUCCCCAUUGCUGGAGCCCGAGAUUGGGUUCCCCUUGGGGAAGGCACUGCGGGACACCCUCUACUUUACAGACAACGGACAAAUCAUUUUUCCUCCCACGGACAACCACGUCCCCUCCAGCCCCCACCCCCCUUCCCAGGGCUUCAGUGGCCACGAGGCUUUACCCGUGGUGGCCGCCUUUUGGGACGAUGCAGAUUUCUCUCGUGGUGUUGGCACAACCUGGUACCAGGAGUACCCCACCCUCGGCUCCAUCCGAGAUCCUAUUAUCCAUGAUGUGGAAGCAAAGAUUCAGAAAUACAUGCGGGUGCCAUACUCUGCUAAAUGGACCCUGAAGGUGACGUGGGAGAAGGCUCCAUCGUACCCGUCCCAGCUGGAUGAUGCACAGACCAACACGUACCAGGCGGUGCUCUCCACUGAUGGCAGCCGCUCCUUUGCCUUGCUGCUGUACCAGGAUGGUGGCAUGCAGUGGGACUACGCCGGGCUGGCAGCCAGGGACGCGCUCAUCGGCUUCUCCAGGUGCUGUGUCCUUCUGUGUCCCAUUUCAAGCUUCACUCUCCAAGGAAAACCCACAAAGCUGCCCAGCCCCAACUGGAAACCCCUGCCCACAGUGUACUGGGUGCAGGAACAUAACCCUAACCUAACUCUAACCCUAACCCCAGAGCUCCUCUCUUUACCUAGUGGUGAUGGCUAUGCCCAGAACAGUGAGCUGACUGAAGAGCCACCAGCUGUUAGGUACCGUCCAGACCAGCACCGCAGCUCCGGCACUGAUGUGCGUGGGCUGUGGCUGUUCCGGCUGGACAACCGCAGCCGGGUGAACUACAGGCUGCAGUGCCUGACGUGGCUGCAGGCACAGCCAUCACCGUCCACCUGGAGCAUGGAGCUGCCACCCUGCCCCUGCUCACGGCCCCAGGCAGAGCUGGACCCCCGAUACCGCCGGAGCAGAAGCGCUGAGUCCCCUCCUGCACCUGGGGUGACCACUGUACCCCAAAAUACUUCAGAUCUCUCUGUGAUGGUGCUGCGCACCACAUCCCCCAGCCGGAUGGGAGCUGGGGUGCGGUGUGUGUACCGCGGCGCAGGGUUUUUGGAAGGAUGGCAGGAGAGAUUCUGGAGCCCACCCAACAAUCUUUCAGACAACCAAGAGCUGGAGGCGUUUGAAUGGUGCUGCCGGCAAGUGGGGAAGCCUCAUUUCUGCACCAGGUACAGCGAGAAGAGACCAAGAGCUGGCUGUGAGGGAUAUGUGCCACCCACCCCUGCCAAUGCCUUUGGGGACCCCCAUGUCACUACCUUGGAUGGCCUCACCUACACCUUCAAUGCACUUGGGGACUUCAUGCUGCUGCUGGCCAGUGAUGCCCACACCAGCUUUGUGCUGCAAGGGCGCAUGGCCCGCACCAGUACAGCCCGGGCCAGCAACUUCAUGGCCUUCGUUGCCCAGUACACCUCCAGCACCACCACAACAGUUGAGUGGACCUUGGGGAGCUCUAAUGAGGUACAAGUUCUGCUGAACUAUGAAACCAUCCAGUUUUCCUACUCCCAAGGUAAGGGGGACAUGCUGUUAAAUGUUAAUUGUAUCCAAGGAGGAUCAGAGGUGUACCCAUCCCAUAGGGACUUGGCCAGUGAGGUUGGGAAUGCUCCCCUCUCUGAAUUCAGAGACAUCAUUUCAGAUCUCAGACUUGUGUGGGCUCCUUCUGUGUCUUCUUUCGCAGACAUGGAUGCUGAGGUGUACUACAGCCCCGGUGUCCUGCUGGUCAACACCUCCUCCAUCACAGCCAUCUUUGAUGGGACCAUCUCCAUCUCCGUCUCAGCCAACUCUGGGAUGCUCAAUGCGGUAUGCAGCCUGCUGGAGCAGUACCAUAAUGGCACCAGAGGCCUGCUGGGUGUAUGGAACCAUAACCCAGCAGAUGACUUCCAGAUGCCAAAUGGAACUAACAUUCCUGUAAACAGCAGUGAGGAAGAUAUCUUCAGCUAUGGGAUGACCUGGGCUGUUGGAGAGCACAGCCUGUUUGCCCAGCCCCUGGCUGCACCAGUAACAGCCUUCAACCCCAUCUUCUUGUCUCAGCUGCGACAGGAGAACAAAACCCAAUAUCAGCUGGCAGCCUCGCAGUGCCACGGCUGCAGGGAGUGCAUCUAUGACAUGCUGAGCACAGGGGAUGUGGCCCUGGGCUUGGCCACCCAGAGCCUGGUGGAGGACUAUCAGAAGAGAAAGGCAGCACUUGGUAAGUGGGGUGUGGGGAACUGGAAGAGCCCUGCUCCCUCCCUGGGGCUAUAUGAGGCAAGAGAGAUGCCACCAAAUGCCACCAAAGUCUUGAAUUGCAUGGCACAGCUGGCUGGUACUCAGGCCUGGGAGAUGCCACCCAGAAGGGAUUUUGUUGGGUGGCCAUGGCUACGUCUGCCCAGGGCCACCUCAUCACUACGAGGUACAUUGACCAAGAGAUGCCAAGAACUCUUGGUGAGCACACAGGGCUGCUCUUCCCUCAGAUUCCUUCCCUCCUGUCAUCACUGGCAGCCCAUUGCUCACAGCAUUCAGGACAGAACAAGUCACCAGGCAGUACCGAGCUACGGGGCCGGGAGUACGCUUUGUCCCUCACAUCUCAUCAGAGCUCAACAUAUCGGCUGCCGCAGCAUCCAGCAGUGUGACUACAGCAGCACGACCACCAUCGCCAGCUCCUCCUUGCAGCUGGCAGCCUGCAGGUGUGACGAUGGAUACUGGGGCCCCUUCUGCCAGCAUGCACCAGACCCCUGUGCUCAGGGCUGCUUCCCUGGGGUGGGCUGUGACCCGCACACAGGCUGUGGUCCCUGCCCACCUGGGCUGACUGGCGAUGGGCAGCACUGUGCAGAUAUCGAUGAGUGUGUGCAGAAAACAGCGUGCCAGGGGAACCUCACCUGCACCAACACUGUGGGCAGCUAUACCUGCUCCUGCCCUGCCGAUGCAGCAGGGGAAGGUCUGGGAUGUGGCACUGCCUGCAGGUCCCACUCCUGCCCUGAGGGAUUCUGCAGCAACGGGGGACGCUGCCACCUGCACCCCCCUUCCUGUACACCCACCUGUGAGUGUCCCCCAGCAUUUACCGACCGGCACUGCGUGGUGGCAGGAGGGGACUUUCCGCCCUUGGCCAGCGCAGAUCUGCCCCAGAGGAGCGUGCUGCUGUGGGUCAGGGCAACGCAAAGUGCCACAGCUGAGGAAGUCAAUGCCACUGUCUCAGCCAUCCUGGGCUCUCUGGAGGUGAAGGCAUUUUGGAGCAACACCAACAUCACCUGCAUGACAGCUGACGGCCUCACCUUUGCUGUGGUGGCCAAAUUUACCUACAACAGCAGCAGCUUUGUCAUCCAGUUCCUGAAUGAGGAGCUGACAGUAGCCGUCACCAAUGCUUUCAACGGGCAGAGGGCACGGCGGGAGUUGGCACACUUUGCACACUUACACCUGGACAACAUCACGGACCUGGUGAAAUUAUCAGUGCCUGAGCUGCAGCAUUACUUCUCCUGCUCGCUAUAUGGCUAUGAGGGUUACCAGCUCGACUAUGUGGGGACAAGCGGACUGAUCUGCAUCUCCCCCUGCAAGAAGGGCUACUGCCAGCACGGCGGCCACUGCCAACACCUGCCUGAGGGUCCCACGUGCAGCUGCGUGCCCUUCUCCAUCUUCUCCCCGGGCGGUGCUCACUGUGAGCAGCUCGCUGUCAGCCUCGCUGCUUUCAUCAGCAUCAUGGUGGGGGCCCUGGCACUGCUCUGCCUCCUGCUCUCCACUGCCUGUCUGGCUGCACAGCUCUGCCGUCGGCAUCGGGAGCCCCGGAGGACCAAGGGGACCUUCUGGAGAGAGCGGCCGUUCACCUCUCUGAUGAAGGCAGAAGAGGGGGCAGAGGCCUCAGGAAGGCUCUGGGAACCACAGCUCCAGGCCAUCGAUCCAUCCAUCCAGAUGCGGUUCAAGAGACCCCACAUCCUGCCUCCAUGCCAAGGCACUGUGCAGCCCUAACAUGCUCUGCUCCCAGCAGUGGGGCAGUGAGGUAGGGCUCCGGGCAUAGGAAGGGGAUGAAACAUACAGGGCUGUGGGACAUGGCUGUGCCACGAGGACAUGGGUCACCAAACAAUGGGAUCUUCUGCAGAGGACCUGAAGAAGUGAUUGGAGUCAUCCAUAGGAGUGUCUAUCACGGAGUGUGCCCCAGCAUGGUGCAACCAGACCCAGCAAUCACACUGCAUUAUGAACAAAUCAGAAUAAAAAUGAGAUGAGGGCAUUGUGC